AUGGAUGUCUGUGAUGAACCAAUGAAAUUAUCACAAUUUCAUAAUGAAACUGAUUUUAAUGAAUUAUUUUCAUCAGAAGAUUUUGGAAAUUAUAUUUUUAUGAAUAAUAAUCAAUCUGUAUCUUUAACUUCUGAACAAAUAUUAAAUAUUCUUGAUAUACCAUCAUCAUCAUUAUCAUCAUCUAAUGAACAAUCAAUAAAUGAACAAAUUUAUUUAAAAAAUAAGAAAUUAUCAAAAAUAACAAAGCAUGAUGAAUUUAUAAUAAAAAGGAACAAUAAUCAAUCUGAAAUAGAUGUGAAGAAAAUCUUAUAUUUAUCAAAUUUAAAUAAACAAAUAACAAAAAUUGAUCUUCGAUCUUAUUUUAUUGGUUCAACAAAAAUUAUUUUAAAACAAAGUCAAUUACCACCAUAUCUUAAUUAUGCAUUUAUAUUUCAUCGGACAAAUCUUCAAGCUGAAUAUAAUCGAAAACGAGUAAUUAAUUCUUUACCGUUUGGAUCAAAUUGUCAAAUAGAAUUUGUUAAAAAUCUCGAUGAACUUUCAAAUGAAAAUAAAGUUAAUGAAAAUUGGAAUAUUGUUAUUAAACAAAUACCUGAAAAUAUUACUGAAAAUGAUUUAAAGAAUUUAUUUUCUAAUUCGUAUCAAAUAAAAUAUAUUCCAGCAAAAAUUGUUCAAAAAUCAAAUACAAAUAAGAAAAUUUUAUUUGGAUAUGCAUUUUUAUCUUUUACAAAUACUGAACAAGUUGAUCAAGUUAUGAACAAUGCCAAUAAAUAUCAAAUAAAUAAUCAAACAUUGAUCUUAUCUUAUUAUAGCAAAAUAGAAGCUAAGAAAUAA